ACAUUCCUCUUACAUUGUAGCCAUACAGUUGGAUAUGACAAGUAUGCACAACUAGCUGAUGACAUCUCAUAGCCCAGAGUGGGAAGCAGCCUUUCCUCCUCUACUCAUCAUCCAUCUCUCUUACUCAUAGAACCCUGCUUUCCUUUAUGGGAAUUAUGAGAGAAGACUUAGGGUUUUCCAGGAGGCAGAUCCUCCAUUUCCCCAUGGCUUUGUCCAAGAGUGCAGGAAGAAGAUCUAAGAUUGGUCAAUUGGAUGCUCUUUCCCAGGACUUUGGCUUGAGAGACAGAGACUCUAGCAAGAAGGGAACAGAUUGCUAUGCUAUGCCUUGUAUGACUAAGACCUCUUACCAAGAAUACGUGUCAGACCAUAAAACCACUGCCAAGGAGUGCGGGGGUGGCAAUGAAACAGCCCAACAGGAAAAGGAAGCUUAAUAUGGAUUCCAAAGAGCGUUUGGAUCAGGAUGGACGCUUGGAGCAAGCUGAAGAGGAAAAGAAGCCCAAGGAUAGCACAACCCCUUUGAGUCACGUCCCUUCAGCGGCUGCACAGGGAGCAUGGUCUUGGGAGUGGUACUUGAAAGAACAGAAGGCUGUCGCAGCACCUGUUGAGCUGUUUUCCAAGGAUCAGUCCUUUCCAGAGCAUGAAAAUGGUUUUCAGAUUGGAAUGAGAUUAGAAGGCAUUGAUCCCCGACAUCCAUCGGUAUUCUGUGUGCUUUCUGUAGCGGAGGUUUGUGGUUACCGUCUAAGACUUCAUUUUGAUGGUUAUUUAAGUUGCUAUGAUUUUUGGACCAAUGCUGGUUCCCCUGACAUUCAUCCAGUAGGGUGGUGUGAAAAGACCAAACAUGAACUGCACAUCCCUAAGGGUUAUAGAAAAGAUAAAUUUGUUUGGAUGGAUUACUUGAAGGCCUGCAAAUUGCAAAAUGCUCCAAAGAAAUUAUUCAGAAACAGAAGUCCUAACGGGCCAAUGUCUAAAGAAUUUCAGGUUGGAAUGAAGCUGGAGGCCGUGGACAGGAAGAACCCUUCCUUGGUGUGUGUGGCGACCAUAGCAGAUAUUGUUGAAGAUCGCUUACUAGUGCAUUUUGACAACUGGGAUGAUAGUUACGAUUACUGGUGUGAUGUUAAUAGCCCUUAUGUCCAGCCAGUUGGUUGGUGUCAGGAGAAUGGAAGAACUCUGAUAGCACCCCAAGGUUAUCCCAAUCCAGAAAAUUUUUCCUGGACAGAAUACCUGGAAGCUACUCAAACCAAUGCAGUUCCUGCCAAAGUUUUUAAAAUGAGGUUGCCUCAUGGUUUUCUGCCAAAUAUGAAACUUGAAGUUGUGGAUAAACGGAACCCCAGGUUAAUUCGUGUUGCUACGAUUGUAGAUGUUGAUGACCAAAGAGUAAAGGUUCAUUUUGAUGGUUGGGACCAUAAGUAUGACUACUGGGUGGAGGCAGACAGCCCUGAUAUCCACCCGAUCGGAUGGUGUGAUGUCACAGGGCAUCCACUGGAAGUGCCGCAGCUCUCACUGUCUCCCAGACUGGUUGAACUCCUGGGCUCAAGAGAUCCUCCCAUUUUAGCCUUCAGAGUAGCUAGGACUAUAGGAACGAAUGACCUGAAGAUCCUUCCAGGUCAAGCUGUCUGUCCUACUCCCGGGUGCCGAGGAAUAGGCCAUAUCCGUGGUCCACGUUAUUCGGGACAUCACAGUGCUUUUGGCUGCCCGUAUUCAGACAUGAACUUGAAAAAGGAGGCAACACUUCACGAUCGUUUGAGAGAACAAACACAGGCAAAUUUGGAAUCAGAAUCUUCACAUUCAAAAUCAAAAAGCCUCUGUAGUUUGAACUUCAAUGGAAAACAUGAAAAGGUGAACAGUCAGCCCAGACUUGUACAGCAGGCAAAGUGUUUGAAAAUCAAAGGAAAAGAAGAUAUUGACUUGGAUAAUCUCUUCAGAGAAUACUCGGUGGAGCAGGCGCAGCAGGUGCUUCACCAGUCAGUGUUCAUGUCCACGGUGUCAGCCCACCCUUUUCGGGACCUUCCCCUCGGCAGGGAGCAACACUGCAAGUUGCUUCCAGGUGUGGCCGACAUCCGGGCCAGCCAAGUGGCACGUUGGACUGUGGAUGAGGUGGCUGAGUUUGUACAGUCUCUUCUGGGCUGUGAAGAGCAUGCCAAGUGCUUUAAGAAAGAGCAGAUCGAUGGCAAAGCCUUCCUGCUUCUGACACAGACGGACAUUGUCAAAGUGAUGAAGAUCAAACUGGGCCCAGCACUGAAGAUUUACAACUCUAUCCUGAUGUUCAGGCAUUCCCAGGAACUCCCUGAAGAAGAUAUUGCCUCAGGCCAAGAAGUCAGGGGAUGAAUGGGCUCCCUGAACUUCCUCUGGCACCAAGACCUGCGCUCUUUCAGCAAUAAAAGUGGAGCACAUUAAUUUGAUGUGAAUGUCCCCAUGGCCGUAUCCACAUUGAAUCUGGACAUUUUAAAGUGUCUGUGAUUUGUUUACAUGUUUAGAGGAUUUUGAUGACUGGUCUAGUGCCAAUGACUCAGAGGCUUAGGCCCAUCUGUGGGUUUGGUUUACGAACAUUGUUAUCUUUGGUGGGAUCUGUUCAGCUCUAAUUUGUUUGCAAGACAGACCAAAGAAGCCCACAUAUCCACCUUUAUUCUUCUCCGUCACCAGAAAAGAAACCAUUUUCCAUCUUGCAAGCAUAACACUCUCAAGUGGUGAAAUAUUAGAAAAGCAGUGUUCAUGAAUACAUCGUUAAUGUUUUUACCAGAACAACAUCGAGCUUGGCUCAGAUCUGCCAUGGAGCACAGCUAGUCUAAGAGCUAGAGGCCUGGUGCUUUCAAAAGACUUCAUGUGAGAUUUUUGUGUACUUUACUCAGGAAAGUGUGAAUCUCUAAAAAAUAAUAAUAAUAAGCACAUGUUUUCAUGAUUCAUUAAUUCUCCUUUUUGUUCCAUUAACCAUUUCUUGGUUGUGCUCCCAAGCUUUCCUGGAGCCUCCACAAAGGAGAGUAGCCAGGAGUAACGAGAGGACGGUCAGGUGGGCACUUCCAAAAGCUGGAGAGACCCUUCUGAGGACCCUCCACCAUCAGCGGGGCCUCAGGGGACCCUGUCCUAACACUGGUGUGGCUGCUGGGCCAGACGCUCACCUGCACAGAACUCCUCCCUGCUCCCACUCUGAAGGGCGUUUCAGAAUUGACUCAUUUCCACUGCAGUCUGCCAGAACCCCUGUAAUAAGGAGCUGUGUUAUAUUACAUCUGGGGCUGUGUGCAUCUUUACAAAUGGAGACACACUAUUCAAAGGGAAGAUCUCUAAAGUAGGGAGCGUGGUACUUAUUCUUUGUUUGAAACAUUUCGAUUUGUUGUCAGGCCUUAUUUGUUUUUUGUAAGUGAUUGUAUCGGAGGCUUAAGUUGUGUGGAAUCAGUCCCACAGUGUUGAAAGACAAGUACCUCUUUUCUGACACUUCUUACUACUUUUACAGGUAGUAACAGCUACAAAUACUCUCCCAGAAGUGGAGAGACACCAUUUGUGGGUGGGGAGAAAGAGGGAGAGGUUCUAUGUCCACUUGCUUCAUUAAUGAUAAGGUUUAAGAAAGUUGAUUCUGCUUGGAGAAUUUCUCAAGCUUUACAUUUUUUUUUCACUGAAGAAAAUAAACAAACUCUAAGAGGUGUGCAUAUAUAACAUUUCUUUAGAUCUUUACCUAAAUGGAAUUUUAAUAUAUUAUUGGUUGAUGUAAAUUUUGUUUCUGUGGAGUUUUGUUUGUUGUUUUGCUUUUUGUAGACUGCCAUGUGCAAGUAAAAUUCCUGCUUCUGCCAUGUUAAAAUUUUAAUAUAUUUUAAAUGAUAAUAAACAGAGAAAACAAAAUUUAUACCUCACUAC